AUGUCGUUGCUAUUUUCGGCGGAAGAGGAGGAACUACUUGAUUCCUGGAAGCUCGAACUGGGGCUGCUGGAGGAGGACGAAUCAAUUAUCGAAUCGGGCGCAUGUGGAGAACUUGGUCCAGACGAAGAAGAGGCAAGUGCAGAUGAAUUAGUGGACAGAGACCCACUGGUCGAAGACCCACCUGUCGACCCGCUGGACGUCUCUGCAUGA